AUGAAUACAGCCAUAGAAGAGGAAGUCAGGAACUGUUCAAAAUGUGCCAUUUACCAGAACAAACAGAGUCGUGAUCCAUUUAAGCCAACAAAUACUCCUGAUAUUCCUUAUGGGGAAGUUUGGUGUGAUUUGUUCGACUUUAAACAGAUGAAGAACGUAUCGUCUGACCUUAAACUGAAAUCCACAACAACAUCAGCAGUAGUCAAUGCUAUGAAAGCUACCUUUAGCUGUCUUGGGAUUCCAAUGAAACUACUGUCCGACAAUGAGCCUCCAUUUACUUCACGAGAAUUCCAUUUGUUUUGUGACCAGUACGGAACACCACAUCAAGUCCGCAUUUCCAAAUGGAGAAGCAUAAAGAGCAAUACAGACAGUCAAACUAUGGAGAAAGUCAGCUGA